AUGACUUUCUCCUUUGGUCGCAAAGCAGACAAGCGUUCUCUCUCUCAAAAACUCGACUCUGUGGCUCGAUAUGCUCACAAUAUGGUCGGCAAUAUCGAACAGGAAAACGACUUGGAGCUGCAGACCGUCGUUGAUACUGUGGAUUCUGGUGCAAAUUUGGGAAUGGAAUGUCAACCACCUGAACUUCAAGGGCCAUCAGUUCAAAAGUCAACAGAGAAGCCGAAAAACCUAUCGCCGCAAUUUCCCACAGUUCAAAGACCUAAUGUUCCUCCAAUUCAAAUACAGCUGUCGUCAUAUACAGAAUUGACACCGUUGGCCACUUCUUUCGGUGAGGGAAGCUUCCGUUCUACACCUCAACAGCCCAGUCAACUUUCCCAGAUCAUUCAAUGUUUCAUUUGUGCUGGUAGCCCCGCUGCCUUGAUUCAAAUGGUCUUAUCCAGCCGGUGGAAAGCCGCCUUGGCUAUCGCUUUGAUAGGAGGGCUCAUAUUUAGUCUGUACCAAAACCCUGAUCUCUUUCUUCGAGUUCUGUGUUGGCUCGAAAUGUUGAUAUUCUCAGAAGACAGGCUCAAUAUAUGUGAAAUAUAG